AAAACCCCACAGUAGGAGCCCCAGAGCUCUGAUGGAGCCUGAGGCCAAGUGGAACGGCAGCUCAGACCAAGUGGAAUUCAGCAGGAUGUCCCCAAGAAGCCAGGGAUUCACUAAGCUGCCCGGCCAGAAGACCUGUGGAAAGAGUGUACUUCUCUUUACCUUUGUGCUACUGAUCUCUGCGGCCCUGUGGGGAACACUCCUAUUCUUGUUCAUAACUCGGUACCAAGAGAUAGUCCAGGACUUGGGGAAGCUUCGGGAGUCCUGUGUGUAUCAUAAUGAUUCUGGGAUAUUGACUGUCAUUGGACAGCUACAAGAGACACAGCUGAACCUCAAAACCAAUGUUCCUCAGCUCUCCAAGACCCUGAACAAACUCCAGGAAGAUCAGACAACCCUGAAAUCUAAAGCUUCUCAGUUCUCUCAACAACUGAACAGAUUUGAAGAAGACGGCACAGCCUUCAGGUCUCAGGUGCUGAAUGAGAAGAACACUGCUACUCAGGCUCGGGAAAAACUGCAAGAAGAGAUUCAGAAGCUUUGGAUUGAAUUCCAAAGGGCAAAUGGAUGGACAGUUCUCCCCUCUCCCCCUUCCCCAAAUCUCACAGCUUCUCAGCUCUCCCAAGGACUGAACAGGCUUGAAGAUCACACAGCCAUGCCAACCCAGGGCUCUAUCUGCACAAAGUGCCCAGAAAACUGGCAAGUGUUCCAGAAAAAAUGCUACUUCUUUGGGAAGGAGCCUAAGACAUGGGCCCAGGCCAAGUAUGCCUGCAUCAAUCUUCAGGGUCGGCUAGUCAGCAUCAAAAGCAGAGAAGAGCAGGUUUUUCUAAACCGCAAUGCCAACAAGAAGGGUUCCUGGAUUGGCCUCCGGGAUCUGGAUAUAGAAGGCAUAUUUUUAUGGAUGGAUGGGAGUUCCUUGAACUACACCAACUGGGGCCGAGGAGAACCCAACAACCAGGGUCAGGGGGAAGACUGUGUGGCAAUGCGUGGUACCAGUGGCCUCUGGAAUGAUGCCAACUGCCGGGGGCAACAGGAUAGCUGGAUCUGUGAGAAGCUAGCCACGUGCUAACCACUUACCAUGGCCCAGACCUAAAAGCCAGCAUAACCCUGAUAUUGCAGGGUCAAAAGGUUUCUUAUUUCUCAUAAAGAAGAACAGGAAGGAAUUGCCCUCCAAACCUGGACCUGAAACCUAAUGUUCCUGAUCCUGCAUCCUAUCCCGGCCUCUGACCCUCCCAUUUCCUUGGCUUUCUGUCCCUACUCCAGGAUUUCCUACUCUUAGACUAGGACCCAAGCCCUCAAUCUCCAGCCUCCAGUCCCUUCCCUGAACUGGGAGGGAAAACCAACUGUUGGGAUGGUAAGGACGGGUUUUUAGAAUUCCACGGUUGAUUGACAGGCCUGGAUACACCUCAACCAGUAAGACAAACCAACCAUGCAUUUUUAUUAUAAGAAAGAAUCAUCUUUUUUUACACAACCCUUCUCCUAGCACCUAGCACUUUCUCUAAGGUUGGAUAAAAGCCAUAUCUCCCAACCUUCUCUAAACUCUUAGCCCUCCAUCCCAGGAUGCCCAGAUACACACACUCUUAGCUGCUUUCUCACUCACCAAAGAUUCUUGGAUAGUUUCCAAGGCAUGCCAGGAAAGGCUGAAUUUGUCCUGGCUCUUCCCUUCCUCCCACUCUACCUCAAUGGGUCAAAGAACAGGGCCAGCCUCAUACUUCUGCUUGCAGCCCACCACUAACCAGGAAAGCUAGUUUUCUCCUCAGUUCUUCUGCAACCAAAACUAUAAUUCACCUCUGGGUUUCUGCCACCAUCUCUGGUCCUGACCCCCAGGUUGAGCUAUCAAAAGCAGCCAUCCCAUUUAUAGAUGAGGACCCUAAGGCUUCUAGCCCAAUCUAUGGCACACUCAGGACUUCACACCCACCCUGAGCCAUAGUUAAUUCCAGUUCCAACAAGCUGAAUUCUCAAUUUGCCACUUAUUCCCUACCUCCACUCCACCACACCUCAGGCCCCAAGCCUCAUUAUUGUUCCCUGUCCCUCAGUUUUGCUCCUAGAUACACAAGAACCUGAAGUCUUUCUGGGGGAACCAUCAAAUCCUGGUCCCUGGUGCCUCUAGGAAGCUUGAAAGAGAAAAAUAUAUUUACAGGAUAGAGUCCGUCUUUUUCCUCCCAUAGGACUUGGAGAUAGAUGGGCCCUAGAGAUCAUUUCAUUCAAUCUCUUCAUCUAAGGGAAAAUUAGGCCCAGGGAUAAGUGAUUCACCCAGGAUCAAUAGGUAGACAUAAGCUGCAGAACUGAGAUUUGAACCCAGUUCUUCUGCCUAGGCUCUCUCCACUACACUCAUUUUCAGACUUUCUCCAUACAGCCUAUCCAGAUCCCCUUUUCACUAGUCCAGCCCAUAUCCUCCCUCCCCCAACAAUACAUGAAGUUCGGAAGCUUGAGCAGAUUGCUACGGUAAGACCCUUACUGAACAACUCUCUCCUUCAGUGAUCCUCAGUUUCUCCGUUAAUAAAAAUGGACUUUUUUUUUUUUGUAAACCUUACCUUCUGUCUUAGAAUUGAUAGUAAGUCUCAAUUCCAAGGCAGAAGAGUAGUAAAGACUAGACAUCUGGGGUUAGUGACUUGCCCAGGGUCACACAGCUAGAAGUGUCAGAAGCCAAAUUUGAACCCAGGUCCUCCUGUCUCUAAGCCUAGCAUUCUAUCCACUAAGCCACCUGGUCACCUCCUGACUUUUUUUUUUUAAUCCUUACCUUCUGUCUUAGUAUCAAUUCUAAGAACAGUUACUGGCUAGACAAUUGGGUUGAGUGAUUUGCCUGGGCACCCAGCUAGGAAGUGUCUGAGGUCAUAUUUGAACCCAGGAUCUCCCACCUGGCUUCUAUUCACUCCACUACCUAGUUGUACCCUGCCUGCAUAAAAAUGAGAUUGGACCAGAGGCUUUUAAAGGCCCCUUCUAGCUCUAAAUGCUGCAAUCUAGCCCUCUCUAUGUGACUUUCCAUAGUGAUGGUGGAAGACAAGAGUCCAGACUAACUCACUAACAAACCACCUCCCUUGUCUCUCCGUCAUCACUUAAAGAAUUAGUGACAGCUUCUCUGGGAACCAUUCCAGGAUCCAUCACAGAAGAGCUGCUUUGUCUUCUGCUACCUACCCCCCCAUGCCCCCAGUCCAGCCCUUGAACUACAUGACUACUUUCCCAGGCUUGUUUUUGCCCAAAUGAAGUAAUAGCCCUUUCUCCUGACACUCUCCCCUCCCGGCCCCAGAAUGGAGCUCAUUUCCAGUAUAAACUAGAAUCUCAUCUCUGCAUCUACUGACAACAAAGUCUCCUGUUGUUUCAUCCUGAAUUCUCCUCAGCUCACUGAUUCAAUAAAUGUUCAUCAAGGACAUCCUGUGUCCAGGGCACAGUACUCUCUCUAAUGAGAAUCUCAGGGCUGGACUUCAUGAACAGGGCUUGGCUCCCUCACUCCUAGGGCCCCCAACUGCCCAGAUGCAUCCAGAGAAUAAGAGCUGUCAGGAAAAAAAAAGCAUACUAUGAUUGAAUUGCUGACUGGAUAUCCUUCUAAGCUACCUAUAUUCAUGCUGAUGGAGAGGGGCCUUCCCCAAAGGUAGAUAAGGGUCUAAUCCUCAGCUUGGAAGUACCAUCCACUCUCCUAUUCCCUGUUCAGUCUUCAAGGUGGCUCACUUGGCAUAAGGCCAAGAGUAAAUGUAGCUGUCCACUGACUAUCAGCAAUGGGCAUCCUCCUUCAGGAAGUGGAGGGACUGACUAACCAUGAGUGACUGCUUGGGGAAAAAUAGACUUGGGCCAUUCAAACAUGACCAUGGAAAUGAAACCGUUAACACUAGAAGUGACUUAGAGGUCAACAAAUCCAAAUCCCUCAAUUUGCAAAAAGGGAAAAUAAGGCCUUGAAAGAAUCCAGGGUCCUUUCCCUCUUGAAAGUUGUUUCCUAUGUGGGAAUUGGACUAGUCUCAAGAGGAAAAGGUCCUAAAUAUACAAAAGCAUUUAAAUAUAAGGGCAAUUUUUACAGUAGCACAAAGCUGGAAAAAGCAGGUGCCCAUCAAUUAAGAUGUGGCUGAACAAACCAUGGUAUGUGAAUACAAUUGAAUAUUUUUGUGCUGUAAGAGAUGAAAAUGAGUAAUUUUGAAAAUUUUGAGAUUUGUAAGAAAUGAUGCAAUGAGAAGUGAGCAGAACCAAUAAAUAAAGACUGUAAAUAA